AUGGAUGGGGUCUGCCAGCUGUACGAACAGGGCCUCAAGGCCUCUAACCCUCAACUCAGACAUAUUACUUAUGAUGUUACUGAUCUGUUCAACUAUGUUGACUCGCAGAAGCAGCAGCAACAGCAGCAGCAGCAGCAGAAGCUGCAGCAGCAGCAGAACAAGUUGCAGCAGCAGAAGCUGCAGCAGCAGGCAGAAGCAGCAGCAGCAGCAGCAGCAGAAGCUGCAGCAGCAGCAGAACAAGUUGCAGCAGCAGAAGCUGCAGCAGCAGCAGCAGAAGCUGCAGCAGCAGCAGCAGCAGCAACGGCAUAUUUGUCAGCCAGCACCGCUGCUGCUCAGUAG